AUGGGACCUCCGAGGCCAUUUAUCGCUAGAAGCUCUGCAACGAGUGCAAAAGUUGGUCAAGAAGAUAGACCUGAUUGUCUACAAACUGAAGCGCCAUGUACUUCUGCUAGAGUAGAUGAAGAAAUUUUGUUGGAUAGAUCAGAUGAACGGGAAACUGACGAUGGCACUACCGGUACACCACAGGUAGUGCCAUCGUCAGAUGGUGAUGAUAUCAUUGAGGAACCAAAAUUGGGGAUGGAGUUCAAUUCGUUUGAAGAUUUGUUCAGCUAUUACAGGCUUUAUGGGAAAAAAUAUGGAUUUGGAGUGAUGACACAAAGGAGUGAAAGGUCAGAGGAUCAGAGUGUGAGAUAUGUCACCCUCGGUUGUGCACGGGGAGGGAAGGCUCGAAUUAAGAGUUCCAAUCUCGCCAACCCACGUCCGACGGGAAAAACGGACUGUAAGGCAAGAAUUAAUGCCUUAAGAGUCGAGGGAAAGAUGCGGUUGACAACAGUGCACAACACACAUAAUCAUGGCCUCAGCCCAAUGAAAUCCCGCUUCUUUCGAUGUAACAGAGAAGUGAGUGAGUCCGUUAAAAGAGUCCUAGACACAAACGACUUAGCUGGCAUCCGAUUGAAUAAGAGUUACGGAUCUCUUGUCGUUGGAGCGGGUGGCUUUGAGAACCUCCCAUUUUUGGAAAAAGAUUGUCGCAAUUAUAUCGACAAAGCACGACACCUACGACUUGGCGCAGAUCCACGUAGUCGGGCAGCCUACCAGUAUUUUGGAGAUGUAGUUACAUUCGACACUACAUACCUGACGAAUAGGUAUGGGAUGCCAUUUGCACCAUUUGUUGGUGUAAACCACCACGGCCAGUCGAUUCUUUUGGGAGCAGGGUUGAUUUCUAGUGAGGACACGGAGACCUUUACAUGGUUAUGCCUAUGGCAUAUACUGAAGAAAGUCCCUGAGAAGCUUGGGUCAUAUGCUGCAUAUAGAAGUGGGCUGAAAACUCAAUUGAUGAAAUGUGUGUACGACACACAAACCAUUGAGGAUUUUGAGAAAUGUUGGGCCGAGUUUAUUAAUACAUACGACUUAAAUGACAAUGCAUGGUUGAACAGUUUAUAUGCGGAGCGUGAGAAUUGGACAAACUUGAAGGAAUUUGUCGACCAGUUUGACAGCGCGCUGAAGAAGAAAAUUGAGAAUGAAAAUCAUGCAGAAUUCCAGUUAUUUAGCCAGGUCAUUCCCUGCAUUUCUAAAUCUCCAAUUGAAAAGAAAUUCCAAGAGUUGUACACUAACGCAAAAUUCAGGGAAGUUCAGCAGCAAGUAAUAGGUGUGCUCGAUUUGGAUCUAUCUCUACUUACAUCAGAUGGUUUAAAGAAGAAUUAUUUGGUAGAAGAUGAAGUUUGUAUUGAGGAGUUCACUAAAAUGGUUAUAUAUUCAGUGGAUUUUAAUGAAGAGGACUGCAAUGCCAAGUGUUCAUGUGGGUUAUUUCAGAUGAGGGGGAUUCUGUGUAGGCAUAUUUUGGCCGUAUUCAAAUCUAACGGUAUAAAAUCAUUGCCACACCGGUACAUUCUAGACCGAUGGAGGAAGGACAUCAAGAGGAGAUACACGUUAAUCCGCACUACCUAUGAUGCAGGGGAUUAG